AUGACAUAAGCUAUCAAUACAGAUUUGUUGUUAAGAAUGAGUACUCUGAAUUAGGAAUUUCAUGUGUUAGCCACAAAUACUAAUUUGUUUAUGAGUAAUAUAUAGGAGUUAUUGCUCUAACAACGAUAAGAAAAUUAAACUAGUCGAUAAAUCUGUGAUCUUAACACUUAAAGUGUUACUGAAUUGAGAUGCCAUUUGGAUUAAGCAGUUGGAAAUCUGUAUAAGAAAUAUGAGGAAUAAGUUAAUGAUAAAAUAAAGGAAUUCGAAGGCUAAUAAAAAUAAAAAGAAAUUUUAGAAUAAAAUAGAAUAAAAGAAUUAGAGCAAAGAUUCAACCAAUAUGAUGAUAUAAUUAAGGAAUUAGAUAAAAAAUGGGAAUCGAAAUCUAAUGAUCGUUAUAUUGCAAGCAUCAUCUAAAAGAACUUGUUAACCAACCAAAAUAUAGGGCAGUUUAUCGUUGACAAGGUAUUGAAAUUGACCGAAGAGACUGUUCAAAAUAAACUAAAUGAUUAUCAAAAGUUGAUUGAUGAAAGAAUGACAAAUUAAUUUCAUUAGUUGUCAAAUUAUUAAAUUUAGAUCAGAAAAUGCGAAACCAAGUAAGAUGAGUUGUAAAAUUAACUCAAUAUCUCUAAAGAGUUUCAGAUGGACUUUCAAAAAUAAUAGUAAAAAAAACUUUAAGUAUUAUAACAUCAAAACUCAUUAUUCAAAGAAGUGGUGCAACAACAAGUUCAUAAUAUAAUAGAACAGUCAGAGCUAAGCAAAUUGAAUAUCAAAGAUCUAAGAGAACAAAUGAUUAAGCAAUUCGAAGAUGCUUCAGUUGGUAAGUUAGAGAAUAAUGAAUAAAUUAUGCAUCUGUUAACCUAAGAUUAAUAAAAAAUACGGGAACUCGAAAGGAAAUAGGAUUUGAUUUUCAAGAAUGAGAAUGAAAUUAAGUUUAAAUUGGAAUAGAUACAACAAGAUUAUAGUCAACAAAACCAGAGAGCAUUAAAUUAAAUAGUUACAAUGGACAGUGAAAUGAAAAAUAUUAAUUCUGCAAUAAAUGGGAUAUAUGAAAAAGUGAAUACUAUCACUUUAAAUCCUUAAGCAAUACCAGAAAAACAACCUGAAAAGCCAUAAGAGAAGUUUAAACCAUUACUAAUAAGUCAAAAGAUAUAAAAAUAAUUCUGCUUAAAAGAUCAAAUUGGAUAAAUCGAAGGUCUUUUCCGACAUGUACAAUUACUCUUCACUCACAUCUGCAAAACCUACAGAUAUGAAUAAAAAAUGGAAUCUCAAAAAUCAAAAUAGAAAUCAGAUCUAACAAGAAAUAAUUCAAAUGAAUAAAUCUAAUCUGAUAACAUGGAUCAUCCAUAAUAUGUGUUUUAACACUAUUAAUAAUUAUAAAAAUAAGAAUAAUUUAAAUCAGAGAUUCAAAAAACUGAUGUGCCUCAAUAAUAGAUUAUAAGUCCUCAAAAUUAAUUAAAGAUUAACAUUCAACCUGUAUAUUAGAGUAAUGAAGAUUACUUUGGAGACACAAGAUUAUACUUUAAUCAAGCAUUGAAACCUCUCUAUAUUCAAGGGAAAUGUAAAAAACUUGUAUUAUUAUAGAACAUGCCAUGGAUAUUCGACCCUAAAUCGAGAUGCAAUAGUUAUCUGCAAAAGUGA